GUUGCCAUGGUGUGAGCGACGCGCCGUCGGGCCGGGCCGGGCCGGGCAGCCAUGGAGGUGUCUGAGGGGCGGUACAUCGGGGCUACCGUGCGCGGCAGGAUGGAGGGACUGGGCAGUUACACGCUGCCAACGGGCACCGAGUACCGGGGAACGCUGAAGGACGGGAUGUUUGACGGCGAGGGAGAUCUGCUGUUCCCCAACGGCGGCAUAUACCGGGCGGUGUGGCACCGCGGGGUGCCCACACAGGGGAAAUACACUUUUGCAGAUGGUCUCGAAUACAAAGAUAAAAAAUGGCAUUACUGUGAUGGCUACGACAGAAGAUUUUACACAGAAAUCUGCUCUGGUCUUAUAGAACCAGAUAUUUCUCAGCUUACAAAUCUGGAUCCUCCCCCAGAAAUACCAAGAGGCUGUUACGACUGUGGUGAUGGAUUCUAUAAUCCUGAAACCAGAGUUGUUGUCGACUACAAAUUCAGGUUUCUGAGAAAUGCAGAUGAUGAGGAGCAUGAAUGGAUCAUUCAGACCUGCCGGCAAGCUUGGGAUGAGACAACUGAACAUCAACCGAAACCAUGAAAACAGUUUUUGCUAGAUGAUAAUAUUCCCAAGCAGACAGGAGAUGAAUGCAAAUGACCUGAGAUAAGGUUUGGUUCAGUGGCAACAGUCAGUGUGAAAUAUGUUGUGAAACAAUGUAUUGAAUAAAUUAGAGGAUUUCUUACA